CGCACUUCAAACCAUUCUGCAUUAUAAAUAGCAUGUCCAUGCAUUGUUGUAAACUACAAACCUAGGGCAAUAGUUCUUGUGGCAAGACAAAACUUUCAGCCCAAAAAUGUUUCCCGAUCUACGUGUAACAACGGGAAUUAUAGGAAGUGUAGUUUGCCUGCUCCUCUAUGCAGCACCAAUAUUGACAUUCAAACGAGUGAUAAAGAAGGGCAGUGUAGAAGAAUACUCAUGCAUACCAUAUAUCUUAACUCUGUUCAGCAGCCUGACAUAUACUUGGUACGGUCUUCCAGUGGUCAGCUCUGGGUGGGAGAACUUGACUCUCUCUGGCAUCAGCUCACUAGGAGUGCUCUUUGAAAGCACAUUUAUCAGUAUAUACAUAUGGUUUGCGCCAAGAGGAAAAAAGAAGCUUGUCAUGGCGAUGGUAUCUUCGAUUGUAAUAAUCUUCGGCAUGGCUGUAUUUUUCUCAAGCUUUUCGAUCCACACACACCAAAUGCGUAAAGUAUUUGUUGGUAGCAUUGGUCUAGUGGCUUCCAUAUUAAUGUAUGGCUCCCCGUUGGUAGCUGUGAAACAAGUUAUCAGGACGAAAAGUGUGGAGUUCAUGCCUUUCUACUUGUCAUUGUUUAGCUUCUUGACCAGUUUACUUUGGAUGCUCUAUGGAAUCCUAGGAAGGGAUGUUUUUCUAACGGCACCAAGCUGCAUCGGCUGCUUGAUGGGUAUCCUUCAGUUGGUUGUUUACUGCAUGUACAACAAAUGCAAGGAAUCACCCAAAACGAAUCCUGAUAUUGAGCAAGCAGAUGUAGUGAAAGUUACAACUAGUCAAGACGACACGAAGGGACAAAAGCCUUUAUCUGAAUCCUGAACUGCUUUUUUUUGCGACAAAUAUUUUUCUUUUUCCCCAGAAAAAGUGUCUCUUAUACACACAUAAGGAAAGAAAAAUAAUACUCUUCAAAUUAUUCAUGUCUAUUCUAUUCCUUGUCCAUUGUUGCAAAGCUCAAUUAAUUUUCAGCGAGGUGGCUGCAAAUGCCCCAUGGUCGCGAAAAUUGCUGAAAUGCAUGUUCAGUUACAUAAUACUCUUCAGAUUAUUCAUGUC